AUGACUCCUCGAGAUCACAUGAGAAAAAUGUCAGUCCUUGGGGAACAGGGAACCUUGGAAGACAAGCAUUUAUACCGGUUAGCAAGUGGCAUGGCAGCAGGCGAAUUGCGACAGCGACAAGAGAUUAUAAUGAGAAACCAGAUGAUGGCAGUAAAUCCACAACUAAUGGGAGCAGGUCAGCAGAGAAUCCAAGCCAUUCCUGCGCAGUUUGAGCCUCGGUUCAUGGAAAGAGAUUUGUUACCUUCAAAUGAGAUGUUGGCACCAGCUGAUCCCAGGCAGAUUCACGUAGCUUCCCACCUUGGCCCCUCGGUCCCACAGCAUGCCAGCAUGCCAAACCUUUUAUCCAACCGUGUUUACCAAGGGGCAGGAUAUAGUUUCCUCCAACCAGAAUCCAUGGAAGCUGUAACCAGACGGCAGGAAAUGGUUCAGAAACAAAAUAUUGCCAGGAUGGAGAUGGAAAUGAAUGCCAUUUUCCAACAAAAGGAAAUAGAGAAAGCUCACCGCAAGGGAUUGUUGGGGCUGGAAGGCCCCUUUCUUUAUCACGGCAUGCCGGCUAGCCCAGUUGCUUUCCGAGGGAGGCACAGGGUACCCGAGGGCCAUCUUCCUAACGACUUGUACGUUCAUCGUACUACUCUUGACGAACUUCACGGCAACACCAUGGUGAUGGCCACCAGCCCAUACCCACCCGUCAGCACUCUGCAAAGAGAGCGAGGCCGUCGGCCUGGCAGAAGAGCUGGGAAUCACAAAGCCACCGAGUGUAACACCAAUGGCAUCAAGAGCCAAGCAGAGGACAAGAGCAUAGACCCUUCCUCCGCAACCGCUGAAGAAGAGAAAGACGACAAAAAAGAAACAGAAGCGGAGAUGCUGAGCAAACAUGAACAGAACAAGGUCCAAGCAGAGCCUUCUGCUGCAGCCACCAAAAAUGACAAGGAAUACGAGCAUGGCUUAAGAAAACACUCUGGCAGCCAUGAAAUGCCCAGCGAAGCAAAUGGCUGCAGCAACGGAAACGAGAAAGAUCCCAACAGUUCUUGUACAGCCUUUGAUGAGAAGUACACUUAUCCAUCAGCGUUCACAUUCUCUGCUCUGCCAUAUGGCUUCUCUGUACCCAGCAACCCACUGCUACCUUCAGCUACUUCCAGCCUGAUUCUGAAUGGAGAAGACAUUUCUGCCAUUGAAGAUAUCCGCAAAUGGACUGUUGAAGACGUAUACAGUUUUAUCAUCAGCCUUCCAGGAUGUUCAGACUAUGCACAGAUAUUUAAAGAUCAUGCCAUUGAUGGAGAAACCUUACCACUACUCACAGAAGAACAUCUUUUGGAAACAAUGGGAUUAAAACUUGGACCUGCAUUAAAGAUUCGGUCUCAGGUGUCCCGGCGUCUGGGCAAUGCAUUCUACAUGAUGAAUCUUCCUUUGUCCAUGCCCACUCCAUCUGCUGCGGGCAAGACUUCUGAACCUCCUCCAGAUAUGUCAUUGCCUCUUCAGUGCAACAGUCCUCAUGAUGCUCUGACUAGUCCUUGUUCCCAGGACCCUGAAACUUCAAAAACAGUUGAACAGAUUGUUGCAGAAAGCAGGGAAAAUACAUCUGAUGUAGCUGGAGCUCAGACUGAUUUCCAGAUGAUCAACUACCAGAAAACUUGAAGCAAGUGACACAGU